AUGCACCUGCAUCAUCAUUCUUUGCUAUCCUUCUUGGCUAUUCCCCUGUUUCCGGAGAUCGUCCAGGGUGCUGAUAUCCAGUCAGCGGCACAGGCCGGGGGUCCAGCUGCAUGUAGACAGCUGUCUUCUGCGUUCCCCUCACUCCUCUUCUCUUCUGAUACCGCGAUCUAUGCCAAUCAAAGUCAUCUUCCCUGGUCGCAGACCUGUUUGCUGUCUCCGUCAUGUGUAUUCCUGCCCCAGGACGCCGAGGAUGUUUCCCACGCGCUGCGGAUCAUCAAGAUGACGCGGGCCCCAUUCUCGGUAAUCGGUGCUGGACACAUGCCUGUCCCCGGAGCUGCAUCUAUUGACCACGGUGUAAUGAUUUCCCUGCACGACCUUAAACACCGACAGCUUAGCGAGGAUCUGUCCGUCGUGCAAAUCGGACCGGUACGGCCGGGCCGUCAACGGGGGUCGUUACGGCAGGUGGGCGUUGGAGGGCUGCUCCUCGGCGGUGGCAUUGGGUACUUCAGCAGUCAGGUUGGCUGGGGAGCCAAUUCCGUUGUGCAAUAUGAAGUUGUGCUGCCAGACAGCUCUAUUGUGCAGGUCAAUGCCGCAUCCCACCCGGUCCUUUUCUGGGCUCUGAAGGGUGGCUCCAACUACUUCGGUAUUGUCACUCGAUUUGACAUGAAGACCAUACCCUUGGGCGACGCCUUCUAUAGCGGCAAGAUAUGGACCUCCGCGUCCACUCUACCCUGGCUUGAUGCCUUGAACGCAUAUCUAGCCUCGGGCGGCGGUGCUGAGGAUGUCAAGGCUGCCAUCAUGCCGAUGAUCGCCUUGACUCCGUCCGAUGGAGUCUCUGAAGUGAUCAGCCUGAAGUUCUACGCCGAUGCCGUUAACGAACCGAAGGCGUUCAAAAAUUUCACUGCCAUUGAUGGACCGACUCUCUUGAACGAAUCUGGUGUUGGGCCAUGGACAUAUCUCCCUACUGCUUUGAAUACCCCUGCCUACGCCGCCAAAGAUAAACGCAGUUUUGGACCAUCAGCUUCAAGGCGGAUCCGCGGGCCAUUAGCAUCGUCAAUCACACAGUCUUUGAUCAGGCACGCGCGACCCUACAGCAUGUCACUGACCUGUCGAUCAGCUUCAGCUUCCAGCCCAUCUCCAAAGCAUGGAUUGAAGCCGCCAAGGCUCUGGGGGGUUGAUGCCAUGGAUUUGGAUCCCAACGAUGCUCCAUUCAUCGCCGGCCUCAUGUCCAGCACCUGGUUCAACGCCGCGGAUGACGCCGCGGUCCGCGACUUCUCCCGUAACGCAGCCAAUUCUAUCAGGCAGCAGACAGCAGCUCUGGGUCUAGUCCAUUCUUUCCUGUGUCUCAACGAUGCAGGGGUUGGACAGACGCCAUUCCGCAGCUAUGGCAACGGAAGCCGUCUGAAACGCCUACAAGCCAUCCAGCGGGAAUACGAUCGCGAUGGCGUGUUCCACAACCUCCUAGCACAUGGAUUUCUCCUCCAAUGA